AUGCCCCGGCAUCAGCUUAUUGAAUGUCUGACCAUCGACGGGACCACUAUCUCUGGAUGGCUGUAUACCAUCGAGGGACCCGCAGCCCCUGCUAUUAUCAUGUCCCAUGGGUUCAACUGCGUAAAAGAAAUUACCCUCCCCGACGUGGCCGAAUCCUUUCAAUCUGCCGGUUAUAACGUCCUUGUAUAUGAUGCCCGCAGCGUCGGCGCCAGCGGCGGAAUCCCCCGCAACCUCUCCGACCCGCUACAAAUGGCCGAAGACCUCUCGGAUAUCUACACUUACGUUGCCCGGCUACCCUCCGUAGACUCCUCUCGCAUCAUCCUCUGGGGCAUGUCCUUUGGUGCCGUCAUCAGCACCACCUGUGCUGCGAUUGACCGCCGCCCUAAAGGUAUCGUCAUGGUCUGCCCGGCCUUUAGCUUCGUGCAACCUCACAAGGCCGAUAAUGCCUACAGACAGCUUAUCAAGGACCGGGUCUCGCAGAUUAGUGGGAACGAGCCGCACUCGGUACGCCCCUUCACUUCUAAGGGUGACAAUCUUAUCGGCUUUGGCGGGGCGGGCGGGCCAGGUGGCGUCGAAGCCGCGAUGCUCAUGAAAGCGGCGUCUGAGCUCGGGCUUCCAACGUUCCGGAAUCAGAUUACUUUACAGACAUACCAGAAGCUUGCACUAUUUCGGCCUAAGGAGUACCUCGAUAUGAUCCGGGCGCCGGUGUUGAUGAUCAUUCCAGAGUUGGAUGAUGUUUCGCCUCCGCAGGACCAAAGGGAGGCGCUCGGGCGGAUUCAGAGUCUUAAAAAGGAGUAUUUUGCAAGAGGCAAAGGCCAUUUUAAUAUUGCUACCGGGGAAGGAUUGAUGGAAAUUAUUGCGGUGACGCUGGGGUUUUUUGAUUCGAUAUUACAGCAUACCUUUUGA